CCUAGUUUAAGCAGAUCAUAGUACAACUGCUUACUCCACUUUAUCCUCUCCCCCCUCUUUCUACUCCCCAUCUCGUUGAUGAAGCUGUUGACCAUGAAAAACCACCUACGACGUCCCAAUCCCAUCUUCCGCCCUCUAGUGCAAUGUCUAUGCCAACCACCACAACAAACGAUGUCUUGCAUCUGACGACCACUUUCGCACCACCCAGUUCGUGUAUAUCAGAUAUCUACCGCGCGACCAGUGCUUGCCGUGGGGAUGAAUGCGAUCACACCUGGCUAAAUCUAGGACCCGCCAGCACCGCAGAAUGUCUACCAUCGGGCUGGGCUCCAUCCGCGUACUUUUCACCCGGACUGUGCCCAAGUGGCUACGCUGCUAGCUCGAGUGUUGAAUAUACUACUGGCACUGUGACUGAGACUCGUGCGACUUGUUGCCCAGUUGCACACGGUCGAUAUUCCCUUCGGCCUCACACAUCGUCCACAUAUCCCUGGUAUGCGACCGAAGUUUGCCAAUUUCAACCCACCGCGGGGGUCACCGUUUUCAAUUAUACCUACUUGGCCACUGAUGGCUCGUGGACUUCGGCGACAGGCUCGCUAGACAGCGACGGAUUGGUGAAUGCCUACGGCGUACCCAUUCGGUGGCAGUCGACGGAUUUCACUACCCCUACACCUACCGAAACAUCGAAAACUAGUAGCGUACGCUCCUCACUACCGUCAUCUGAGGUAUCUGAAGGAGAUUCGUCCGGGUUGUCCCCAGGCGCAAAAGCUGGCAUUGGAGGCUAGGAGAGCGAAGCACAACCUGGUGGCAGACGGUACUACACAUGAUUAUCACCAACCGCCGACCGAGUUGGAAUCGUCGGGGGAUAUAGUCUUUGCUCCUCCAAAGGCGGAAUUGUCCUCGGAAAGACACAGUGGGGAGCGUACCUCUAGGACCCAGGCCGCGGAGCUUGACGCUGGGAGACCAUCUUGAAGUAUGUCCAUCUCCCCGGGCAAG